GUGUAUGCUGCUUCGUCCACUUCAACUUGACGUCGGUGUAGUGGUAGCGUAGCAGGACGAACAAAGGAAGGACUGGGAUGCACGGAGCCUAAAGCAAGCCGCCGUGCUUUUGAGACCGUUGCGUUGCGCUGCAAGGGAGGGUGACAAGACUCGUCGACCUCGUGGGUAUGCCGAAAAGGGAACAAGGGGAUCGAGCCUCGAUGAUGGGGGACGAAAGGAGGGAAAGGAAGGAGCGUCGGUGCCGGUCGGUCGGGAGAUGGUUGGAAAGAAGGAGCAGCGGUGCGUUGUUGCGUUGCGUUGCGUUGCGUUGGACUCUGUGUGUGCUUUGGCAGAGUAGCGGCAGCGGCCCAGGAGAGAGUGCGCUUGGUGUCUCGGGCCUUGCGCCUGGCUGCUUGCUUCUCGACUCGCAGUCCCGCUUUGGCCUGGGCGAGCCGAGGACAGACGAGACAGACGAUCGAAAGGCAGGGGGGGAGGAGCGUCAAGUCGCAAAUGGCCGCGACUCGCCCGACUGGCUGGUCUUUCUUUGCGAGGUGAGCGUGACUUAGACUAGCUCCGUUGCCUGGGAAGAAGGCGCUUCCUGGGCGGCGUCGGCGUUGUAGCCGCUCUCGUCAGAGAUGGUUUGGCCGCGAAAGCUGAAAGAGGGAGAAAGAGGCCA